AUGACCACUGCCGAUGGACUCGGGGCUCAGAGGGUCCGCCGACUCUCCAGUCUCAACGCCGAUCGGGCCGACCUGUACCGCGGUCCCAACGUCAUAGUUCCUCCCAAACACUUAAUGACCACGAAUUGCUCCGGAAAUUCUUCCUCCAAUAACCGCCUGAUAAUGAAUAACCAACCUUUCGACGAAGUCACCUCUUCCGGAGAGGAAACUCCCCAGAUUGCCACGCCUUUGACCCCACCGAUGGUCACGAGUGCAGACUUCGCAUUCGUAUUCGAUAUCGAUGGCGUCCUCCUUCGAGGUGGGAAGCCCAUCCCAGAGGCCGUCCAGGCCAUGAAGUACAUCAAUGGCGAGAACCCUUGGGGCGUCACAGUACCGUACGUCUUCCUCACAAACGGCGGCGGUAAGACUGAAGCAGAGAGGUGUCUCGACCUCAGUCGCCAACUCGAAUUGGAUGUCCACCCUGGACAAUUCAUCUGCGGCCACACCCCCAUGCGCGAAAUGGCGGAACGAUACAACACCGUUCUAGUCGUCGGCGGCGAAGGCGAGAAGUGCCGCAUAGUGGCCGAGGAAUACGGAUUCAAGAAUGUCAUCACGCCUGGAGAUAUCAUCAAAACAAAACAAGAUACGACCCCCUUCCGCAAGUUGACGGAAGAGGAGUACAAGAACUCGCGCUUCGUCGAUCUGGAGAACACCCAGAUUGAAGCAGUGUUUGUUUUCGCCGACAGUCGUGAUUGGGCUGGCGACCAGCAGAUCAUCAUGGAUACCCUCAUGACAGUCGAAGGAAAGUUGAAUAAACGCUCGGAAGUCUACAACGAAGGACCGCCGUGCUUCUUUUCUCAUAACGACUUGAUCUGGUCGACUUCCCAUGAUUACUCACGUAUCGGUAUGGGUGCCCUCAAGACCUCGCUAGAAGCGGUCUACAAGGCUGUCACCGGCAAGGAUUUGAAUACCUUUGCUUUCGGAAAGCCCCAAAUGGGCACUUUUCAAUUCGCCACUCGUCUCCUCCAAGAAUGGCGCCAGAAAUCUCAUGACAUUGCCGAUCCACCCUCGACGGUCUACUUCAUCGGUGACACUCCCGAGUCUGAUAUUCGUGGCACCAACGAGUUCAAUAAGCAAAGUGAUAUCGACUGGUACUCCAUCCUUGUCAAGACUGGUGUUUGGCAAGAAGGAACCAUUCCUCGCUACCCGCCUCGCAAGAUUUGUGACAACGUUUAUGAUGCUAUCAAAUUUGCAGUUGAGCGUGAGCAGCAGAAGUUGAUCAACCAUGGCGAUACGCUCGCCAACAUCAAGAUCAACCAGAGCGAGUUGAAGAACUAG